AUGGCUGAAUUGAAAGAAUAGGAAAUAUUUAAUGAACUAAGAAUUCCACAUAACAUAAUAGAAUAACAAAAAUAUUUAAACCAAUCAAAUUUUAGAAAUAUAGGAUAUUAUAGUCCAUAAACAUCUUCGAUUACCAAAAAUAAUUUUGAAAUCUUAAAUUAAAUAUAUUUUAAAGUUAAUUAUCUAAAAGAAUAAAAGGAAACUAAAGAUUUAGUGGUGAGAAUGAUAAAUAGCCAUAAAAAAAGUAAAAUAGAUAAUGCCAAUAAUAAUCGAAAUUAAAAUAUUGGAAAGAAUAAUUAUUGA